CGUUUUUACUGGACCUCGGUAUCGGACGGGACUCUGCUGCAUGAAGAGAGGAAUUCAGAAGAGCACUGGUUGACCCUUGGAAUUUUAAAUCAUGGCCCAUUUGAUGACAUUCAGGGAUGUGGCUGUAGAAUUGUCUCAGGAGGAAUGGGAGCACCUGAAUCCGGAACAGAGGAAUUUGUACAGAGACGUGAUGUCAGAGAACUAUAGCCACCUCAUCUCAGUGGGAUUUUGCAUUUUUCAACCACAUGUGUUCUCCUUUUUGGAAAAAGGUCCAGACCCCUGGAUGAUUUUGAAUGAUGAGAAAAGAGGACUUUGCCCAGACAUCCAGUCCAUGUGGCAGUCCAAGAGGUUAUUACAAAAAGAUAGCACUUCUGAAUCAGAGUUAUGCCCAUCAGACAUACAGGAAAUUUGUAGAAACCGCAAUCUUGGUGGCUUAUGUUUUGGAGGUGAUUGGGAAGGCAAAGAUCAGUUUCACACACAACAUGAAAAUCAGGAGGAAUAUUUCAAGCAAGUGAUAGUCACCUAUGGAAAAGUGUCUCCUUCAAACCAGGACUCAGCUUUUAAUCGAUACCAGAGACUCAAUACAAGAGAGAAACUCCAUGAAUUUAUACAUGAAAAAGCCUUUCGUUCUGGCUCAGACCAUUUCCAACAUCAGUUAAUUCACACUGGUGAGAAAUUCUGUAACAAAAAGAAAUGUAGUUACAGCUUUUCUCCUGAUUCAGGGCUUACUCAGUAUCAGGCAUUUAACACUGGUAAGAAAACAUAUGAAAAUAAAGAAUGUGGCUUGGCAUUUAGUUUUUCAAGUAUUCCUGGUCUUAAGAGAAUUCAUACUGAGGAGAAACAUUUUAAAUGUAAGGAGUGUGGGAAAGCCUUUAGUUUGGACUCAGACCUUACUCAACAUCAGCGAUUUCAUACUGGUGAAAAGCCCUAUGAAUGUAAGGAAUGUGGGAAGGCCUAUAGUCGUAAAGCAGACCUUAUUGGACAUCAGAGAAUUCAUACUGGUGAAAAACCUUACCAAUGUAAGGAGUGUGGGAAAGCAUUUACCCGUGGCUCAUACCUAACUGAACAUCAGAGAAUUCAUACUGGUGAAAAGCCCUAUGAAUGUAAUGAAUGUAGUAAAGCCUUUGUUCAGCGAGCACAUCUCACUAAUCAUCAGAGAAUUCACACUGGUGAAAAACCUUAUGAAUGUAAAGAGUGUGGGAAGGCUUUUACUCGUGGCUCACAUCUAACUGAACACCAGAAAAUUCAUAAUGGUGAGAAAUCCUGUGAAUGCAAGGAAUGUGGAAAAGCCUGUAUUCAUGGUGCAAAUCUCACUGAACAUCAGAGUGCUCAUGUUGGUAAGAAACCCUAUGAGUGUGAGAAGUGUGGGAAGGCCUAUAUCUGGAGUUCAAACCUUGCUCGACAUCAGCGGAUCCAUACUGGCAGGAAGCCUUAUGAGUGUAAGCAUUGUGGGAAAUCUUUUAUUUGGGCUUCAUAUCUUGCUCAACAUGAGAAAGUUCAUGAGAAGAAACUCUAUGAGUGUAAGGAAUGUGGGAAGACUUUUCUCCACGGCUCAGACUUUAAUCAACAUCAGAAAAUUCAUAGUAGUGAGAGAAAGUAUGAAUGCAAGGAAUGUGGAAAAACCUAUUUUCAUGGUUCAGAUCUUAGUCAACUGCAGAAAAUGCAUCCUGGAAAGAGACCAUAUGAAUGUGAAGAUUGUGGAAAAGCCUUUCUCUGGAGUUCACAACUUACUCGACAUUAGAGAAUGCAUGCUGAUGAGGAACUUUUUUGUAAAGAAUGUGAGAAAUCCUUUUUCUGGGACUCAUGGCUUACAUGACAUAGAAAACUUCAUGCCGAUACAGAACCCUAUGAAUGUUAGUACUGGCCAGAUCUUUAGCACUAUUCACAUUUCACUGAACAUUUCCUGAAAAUUCCUAUUUACUUCCAUAAGCAAAUUUUCUGUGAAUGGACAAGAUAUGGGAACACUUUUUGUUAUGACUUAAAACUUUAUUUAACACCAGAAUAUUUAUACUGUUUUAUUUUGGCAGUGUUGUGGAUGGAACCCAGGGCCUUGCAUGUGGUAGGCAAUACCUCUGAGCUGUAUCCCCAGCCCUCAGAGUAUUCAUGCUUUUGAGAAAUU